GACCUUUAACACUAUGCACACAUGAACAUCGCGAAAGCCAAACAAAACUCGAUGUUAUACAUCUAAGCAUUACUACUAAUAAAAUAGUCUCCUUCAAGACAUCAUCUCAUGGAGAAACCUGAAGAGCCAUCGUGCAAGAAGCGAUUGAGGCAGACUAGUCUGGAGGAUUGCUUCAGUUUUGGUGUCAAACGCCAGAAGAGUAUACAGGAACAAGUUGAAGCAUCUAUCUUGGAGGACAUAGAAAGAGGCAGCAUGAGCACCCAUCCUCCAGGAGAAUCGAUAGAACAGAGAAAGAGACGAGAGAAAGUGGCCGAAGCUGCCGAGAGAAGGAGGGAAUCUCAGUCUCCAUAUUCCACUCCUCCCCAUGACAACCCAUCAUCACCUGAAGGUGAAGUCCCAACCAUCACAUCAACAGACAAAUCCUUGAAGAACACAGCCAGCAAGGAUGCAACCAAUAAACCAUCAACAAGUGCAGCAGGAAACAGCAGUAGGGACAUGAAGACCGCAGGAAACGGCAGCAGGGACGUUGAGUCUGUAUUUGCAUACCUUGAAGAGGACGGGGAUGUAUCUGGAGAAGCAUCCACGAGCACGAGUCGCUCAUACCCAUCCAACAGAACUCGAAGCAGGAUUGGGGAGUCGUCCCCAUCAACGUCCAGUAAACGAGACGAUCCUGAAACCUCAUCUUCUCGCAGGACAAAUCUUGCAGCUGAUGCGUUGGGCGAUGCAGAGGAUGAGGAAGCAGUUGCUAUGGGAGACGUCUCACCGACGCAGGAGUACGAUGCAUCAUUGCCGUUGUUUUCUGAUUCGGAGCCUCAGUCCUCACAGGACGAUGAGGUUACGAUCAACAAGGACGUCACUAGGAUCGAGUGGCGAGGAGUGGAUCCGUCAGAGUUGAAUCGAGCCCCUGCUUGCUGUCGACCGCUGCCUCAACUCCAGCCCAGCCAUGAGCAUACUGUUCUCUUCAGGCCCCAUGUAAGGUCUGGCACCCCGCCUCGUCCUUAUCCAGACGCAUACCGUGACACAUGGGAUGCAAACCAUGUCCGCAUGCCAUGCUCCGAGGAAAAUCUCUACCCAGUUGAUGACAAAAACGGACAGAAGAAGGUUCAGAGCAGAUGGGAGCUGAUUGAAUCAACGCUUCAGAAUCCUAUCAAGAAUUCCUGGGAUUUGGAAGAAGCCAUCCUGACCUACAACGCCCGCUACUGCAGCAAGUGGAACUUUGCCGGCUUGCAUCAUUUCUUCACGGAGGAGAUCGAUCGCAAGGAGUCCAGACACUUCUUUGAUCAGCUCCUCCCCAAGAUGGUUCAGAUGGCCUUAAUGCUGCCCAAGGUUUGCACUCAGGCCAUUCCUCUUUUGAGGAGGCAAGAGUCGCACACCAUCACCCUGACCCAACUCCAGAUUGCCUGCCUGCUAGCCAAUGCCUUCUUCUGUACCUUCCCGCGCCGGAAUGCUCAACAGAAGAAAUCGGAAUACUCGCGCUUCCCGGACAUCAACUUCAACAGGUUGUUUGAAGGAUCAACCAAGAAGUCCAGUACCAACGUCAGAAAGGCAGAGAAGAUGCGAUGCAUCAUCAACUACUUCCGAAGGGUGGCGUUGAAAGCCCCAUCAGGUACCGUGUCUUUCACUAGGAGAGCGGUCACUGCUCUGCCAAGUUGGGACAAGAGUAACAAGACACUCACCAAAUUCCAUGGCAACGUGUAUGGCACCAUUGAAGAUCAGGGAGAAGGAAUGUUACAGUUGGACUUUGCCAACAUGUACAUCGGCGGUGGGGUCUUGGGCCACGGUCUGGUGCAGGAGGAGAUCAGGUUCAUGAUCUGCCCAGAGCUGAUUGUAUCCAGACUCUUCACUGAAGUACUAGAUGCUAAUGAAUGCCUCCUGAUGAAAGGUGCGGAGAGGUUUAGUGACUACACAGGCUACGCAAGUACAUUCCGCUGGAACGGUGAUUAUAAAGACGUGAUCCCAAGGGAUGCGUGGGGACGUAAAGAAACUGAAAUACUGGCCAUUGAUGCGCUUGUCUUCAGACGCUUAGAAGAUCAAUUCAAACCGCAAUCCCUCAAGAGAGAACUUAACAAGGCGUUUUGCGGUUUCUAUGGUGACGGUACACCAGCUGUAAAUCUUCCGGCUGUUGCCACGGGAAACUGGGGUUGUGGGGCAUUCGGCGGCGAUGCAAGAUUGAAAGGUCUGUUGCAGAUGAUGGUAGCGGCGGAGUGUCAACGAGAUCUGGCCUAUUUCACCUUUGGAGACCAGCGGCUCUGCUACGAGCUGCACAAGAUGAAUGAAUUCCUAGUAUCACAAGGAGUCAGUGUUGGUGAUUUGUGGCUGGUCCUACAGCGCUACCGUGAAGAAGUCCUCCAACGCAAAGCCAAGAAAAGCUUCACCAACCUCUACACUUACAUCUACCAGGUGUACAAUGACUUCGAGUCAUCGACAGAUGAGGAAGAGGAGGAGGGGGCGGGGCUUACGGGGAGGGAGGCAGAUGAUGAUGACGCUAGCCUGAGUCCCGACUACAAGGUAGAUACUCCAUAGAUUGGCUAUAGGGCCGAUAAUAAUGUAUAUUUGCAAUAAGCUAUAUUUAAAGCCUAGUUUUCAUAGCAAUGUGAGAGAUGGCGAGUGUUGGACGUGAGAGCCAAACUGCAGUGCAGAUCUUUGGAAGUUUUCAUCUGGAGAUCUUGCCGACAACCCGGACUCGCAUUACUGAACCAGUUUUUCACUUUUACUAACUUGCUGCGUCGAGUCACAAGAGAAAACCCAUCAAAAUACACAUGACCGGCUCCACAAAAAAGGCUAUUAUGUCACAAAAAGUGAAAUUGAGUUUUAUACAUGGUUGGAAAGCCCA